CAGGGUACUAUUGUUUUGACAAUGGGUCUGUCGAUUAUGUGAAUCCUGAUUCACUAUCUCAUAUAUGGUAAUCCCGUUAUCCAGUUGCAUUCCGAACGGUGGGACCCCCUGUGGUACCGGUCAUUACUGCCAACAGGGAAAAACAUGUUGCCAACCCGGUGCUGCAAUCCAGGGUAUUUGUGCGGACCGGACAGCAGUUGUUACAUAAACUCUCCCACGCCUACGCCUACGCCUACGCCCACACCAACGCCUACUCCCACGCCCACGCCCACGCCGACACCUACGCCGACACCUACACCUACACCUACACCGACACCGACACCGACGCCUACGCCUACGCCUACACCGACACCAACUCCGACACCGACACCGACACCAACUCCGAAACCGACACCGACACCGACACCGACACCGACACCGACACCUACCCCUACACCGACACCAACACCGACACCGACACCUACACCAACACCUACACCUACCCCGACACCUACCCCGACACCUACCCCGACACCAACACCGACACCGACACCUACACCUACACCGACACCUACACCGACACCUACACCUACCUCAACCCCGACCCCGACACCGACACCUACGCCUACGCCUACGCCCACCACCAGGUCCACUACCGCGACAUCUACUUCAUCGACGACCCCGGCACUGCCGACAAUCUACUUCGCGGAUCUUCCAGGAAUAAAUGAUGCCGUUACUAAAAAUAUCUGCAGCGGUUUAAGACAACGCAACAAAGGGAAUUCGGAAGUUCUAACGUAUGCUAAACGAACCGAGAAUCAAAAGAAAACGAUUCGCGUCCAAGCCGGAUGCGUUACUAGCAAGUGCAAUUCUACGACUACGGGCCUCUCGUGUACCGAGUACCCAUUUGUGUCCACCCUGGAAGGAACUAACAGCCCACAAAUCGCAUGCAUACCUGCUUUCCAGAAUACAUUCCUGGGGGCCUAUCUCAAUCUUUUCAUUUCCCAAUAUCAUAUUUCAGACGGCGCUCAGUUCCUUGUCCAAGCUAAUUGCAGUCAAUUUGCCAGACGGGAUUCAAUUCGUGGAUCUGGCUCGAGUGGAACGCUACUUCCGCCUUUCGGCGUAACCUCAGAUAAUUCAUCUGGGCAUGUUGUACUCCCACUCGGUGAUCUGCAAGCUGGGAAUUACACGACACAGACGGCAUCUGAUAAACUUGCCGGCAUCGCCGGGAGUAUUGCCAUUUACGACUCGGAUGGCGCAAACUUUUCUCAAGCGCCUAUUGGUAGCGAUGGGGGUAACUCCUUGGCCUUCACGCUUCACGAAGAUGGGACGGGAUUAGGUGCCGUGGUAUCGCCCCAAUCGCCCAUUACCGGGAACAUCACAGUCAGCUACAACUUCACUGGUAACAUCUUAAGUGUUCGACGUAAUUCUAGUCCUACGCCUAACUAUCCAAAUUUGAUGGUCUUUCUCGGAGCGUUCAUUGUGCCGGUCCUUUCUCUGGUUUGGCCAUGAGGUUGCCCACUCUUUGGGCAUCAUCAUUUCUUGUAUUAACUCUCCAACUUCUGGCAACUCUUGUAACUCUGUGACCUAGCCUUCAACAACGAACUAGGUAUUUUAUAUCGAUCCAUUGAUGUACGGCCUUCUUGGAACUGGCAUUCGCCUUAUGUAAUGA